AUGGGUGAGAAUGAGAAUGAGAAUAUGGAGGCUGAGAAUGAGAAGAUGGAGGUUGAGAAUGAUACCAAGAAGGAGAUUGGAACCGGAGAGAAUGAAGGAACUGAGGGCGGUGGAGAGGAAAAAGGAUAUUUCUGGACUGUCUUCAAGCUCGAGAGAUGUCAUGGCCAGAAUGAUAUCGAUACGAGCAGACCCACUCAAGCCGAGAAGAGGGACUAUGCUCUAGUAGAGGCUGGAUUUUAA